UUGUGGGGACAGUGGAUGCGACACUGGCCAGGGAUUUAAUCCUGCGCCUUUAUGGGAGUAAAAAAUCACCGCUGAGGAGCGUGAGUGAAUUUGAUCUUGAGCCUGUCCGACACUUGGUGCAAUCGGAAGAUGCUGCUUUAAUCCAAAUUAAUUUCUGCUGCGGGACCUUUUCCGAUUCAGUUUCCAAGCAAUUGCACCUUAAAUCCGGGGGGGAUCCUAAUUCACCAUGGCUCGAACUCGGACGCAGGGAGAAGAUUUCACCUUCGUCAACCCCGUGGUUAAAUAUUUACUAUUUCUGUUUAACAUGCUGUUCUGGAGUAUUGCCAUGGUGAUGAUUGCGAUCGGUUUGUAUGCCAGAGUUAUGAAGCACGCGGAGGCUGCCAUGGCCUGCCUUGCAGUGGACCCUGCCAUCCUCCUCAUCGUGGUAGGUGCACUUAUGUUCCUGAUCACAUUCUGCGGCUGUAUAGGAUCGCUGCGUGAGAACAUCUGCCUCCUUCAGAUGUUCUCUAUCUGCCUGACACUGAUUUUUUUGCUACAAUUGGUUGCCGGCGUUCUAGGCUUUGUCUUUUCCGAUAAGGCUCGAUCAAAGGUCAGUGAGAUCAUCGACAGUGCAAUAGUCCACUAUCGAGACGACUUAGAUCUCCAAAAUCUCAUCGACUAUGGGCAGAAGCAGUUCAGCUGUUGUGGGGGAAUCUCAUACAAGGACUGGAGCCACAAUAUGUACUUCAACUGCACGGAAGAGAAUCCCAGCCGGGAACGCUGCUCCGUCCCCUAUUCGUGCUGCCUGCGCUCUAAAGAGAAGGUGAUCAACACCAUGUGUGGCCAUGGGAUGCAGGACCUGGACUAUUUGGCAGCGGAAGAAUACAUCUACACCAAUGGUUGCAUCGACAAGCUCGUCAACUGGAUCCAUAGCAAUCUCUUCCUGUUGGGAGGAGUAGCCCUGGGCUUUGCUAUCCCACAGUUGGUGGGAAUUCUUCUCUCCCAGAUCCUCAUCAACCAGAUCAAAGAUCAGAUUGAACUCCAGAAAUACAACAGCCAGCACCGAGCAGACCCAUGGUACUGACUCUUCCCUGUUAGUCAACACCCCUCCCCUACCCAACAUCAGCUAUUCUCACAUUGGAGGCAGCACACUGUUCCCCUGGAGCCAUUUUACAAACUGUUGACAUGAAGAGCAACUGAAUUCUGAAGUGCGUUGGAAGUGUUUGUUCAGAAAGGACUAUGGUCGAUAAGGAUGGAUAGAAACCACUCUACUUUUCGUACAUUGUACACACUGAUGACAGGAAGUCGGUUUUAAAUUAAUCUCUCCUCUCGGUUAUCAAUGUCACAUUUUAACAUUUAUUUGUAUUGUAAAUAUCCAGAGUAGGGAUUCUGAAAUAUGACUGUUAUAUUGAACAUCAUCCUGUAUUUAAAAAAAAAACUGCAGAUGCUGUAAAUCAAAACCAAGAACAGAAAUUGCUGGUAAAUCUCAACAGGUCUUGCAGCUUCUGUGUGAAGAAAUCAGUGUUAAUGGUUUGGGUCCAGUGACCCUUCAGAACUCCAGCAUCCUGUAUAUAUCCAGUUUGCUCUUUUUUUUUGCACUUGUAUUUUAAGAGAUUUAUUUGUCUGUUUCUGGGAAGCUGUGCUAAUUGAUGACCAUGUUUGCUGCUGUUAGUGAAAUAUCUGUGCCCCAUCAUGCACUCUGUUCCUGUAUGUCACUGUUAACCUGUCAAGUUUUGUGUUGCUGUCUUACUGUUGCCUCUUAACACAUUUGUCUUUCUGAGAAAGACAAUCUGGGGUGAAUUCCGUGCCUCCCAAACAUGGUUGGAAGGCAUUUAAAAUUGUCGAUGUGCUUCCUCAGUCAUGAACCUAAACCUAGCACUAAAAGAGGGAAGGUAAUUCCUGACUUAUGGUGUUAUUGUAUUGAAAUGAAUGUUACAGUGCUGUGGCUUUUCCAAUUGUAUGUGAGUGUUUUGAGGGGGGUGGUUUUUGUGUGGAUAAUGCUAAUAUCCAAUUGUUAACUUAAAUUUUU